UUCUCUGGAAGAAGUGGCUGUACACCAAAUGGAAGAAGGUAUGAGUGUUCCUCCAGUAGAAAAAAGGUACUCACGGUGUCGAAGAUGCCUCUGAUAGCCUGCAUGACACACAGUCGGCACCCCCACGGUGUCCAACGUCCGAAAAGCUGAUGCAAAGAAGUCCCAAGGUUAAGGACCAUCUAUGGAUAGUAUUGGGACCCCCUGCGAUCCUGAUCUUUGACCUGGUGGUGCCGUGCAUAAUCUACUACUGCUGGUAUGGCAUCCAUAAAUCUCGGUGGAGGGACCAGUGCAAAGCGCAGGGACACGAUCCAAAUGAAUGCCCGCUCACAAAGCCCGAGUUCGACAAAGAUAUCCUGGGCUAUGCAAUCAUCAGCUUCGGCUUUGGGGAGCUCUACAUCUUGGUAGCCCGGGUAUGUCGUCUUCUUUUACAUCCCAAACAAUGUGCACCUUUGCUAUCGAACUCGCGCUGGGAGCUGGACGCAACUUCCUGGGUCUACGGGGUUUCCAUGAUUUGCGCAUUGAUCCCUUUUGUUAUAAGUAGCACCAGGGAGAUUCCCGUGCUGUAUCUCUACUCCCCCGCAUUUCUCCUUGGAUUCCUUGCCGUGUUGAUGCUCAUUACUCUGAUCCCCUUCCCCAUACCUAUUGGCAUCGACUCAGAACGAAGGGGGUUACCAUUGCGCCCUUUCGUCUACUACGCCGCGGAAGACAUGAUUGCCGUUGACUGUCUGCAAGAUCGCGAAUUCCGCGUCAGGUUGAACAUUCGGUACGAAACAUCCAUUGCUUUCAGGAAUAUGUUUGUACAUUUGACGCUUGGGUGGUUCUUUGGCGUUUGUGUCUAUAUCGGAUGUCUGUCGGCCAUAAUAUGGACGGUAACGUUUCACAUUGCUUUUGGGCUUUCUCUUGGUGUCCUAUUCAGCUUUCUUAUUCUCUGGGCGCUGCUAUCAUGUCUUUGGGUCCAGCAUUGUGUAGGCCGGCAAGAAAGACGUGAAAGAAUCUACUUCAUGCGACACUAAUGUUUAAUAAUGCGAAUACUAGGCUUUCUCACGUCCCUAUGAAGAUAAUGAAGUGCUUUUACGGCAUGAGAUGAUGCCAACUGCGAG